AUGGCGCGCGGACGACGCGCGGAGGCGAAGGCGGCGCUGGACGGCGCGGCGGUGGGGCGAGACGACGACGACGACGACGACGCGACGUUCGCGCUCGCGGCGCUUCGCGCGGAACUGCCGUAUCAUUUGAACGAUGCGCGCGGCUCGUUGGACGCGAUGUGCGCGGUGCACGCGAUGUGCGCGAGAGAGGCGCGGGAGGCGCGCGGGGCGGAGGCGCGAGAGGCGUGGCGGCGGAGACGCGACGCGGCGGCGAGGGGGGUGGCGAGACGACACAUGUUGGGCGAUGAUCCGCGCGCCGCGCUCGUGUGGCUCGAUGCGUUGGCGCGUAGCGAACCGGACGAACCGGCGCACUUUUCCGCGGCGGGACGCGCGCACUUGAUGAUGGGAGACUUAGAGGGCGCGCGGCUGUGUUUCGAGGCGGCGGAGAAGAAGACGGCGGCGCUCGGCGAGGCGGCGACGGAGGCGCAGCGCGGGCGCGUGUUGCGCGAUCGCGGUGAUUACUUUCUCACGGGGUUGAGGUUUCCCGAAGCCAGGACCGCGUUCGCGGCGGCGAUGGCGAAGGGCGAGACGGACGUCGCGGCCAAGGUGAACUCGGCGGUGGCGGCGGUGUACGACGGCGAUUUGAAUUCUUCGCGCGCGCUUCUAGAGAGCGGUUUGGCGAACGUCGUGAACGCUGAUGUGAAUUCAAAGGCGCGCGCGUUCAUCUCUCCGAGUGUGGUGAAAAACUUGAAUAGCAUAUACGAGCUCACGGCGCGUUCGCCCGCCGAGGCCAAGCGCGCGAUGAACGACUUCAUCAAGCUCGUCGCGCCCGAGGACUUUGACGUCACGUGCAUGGCGACCUAG